AUGACCGUGGACCACAAUUGGAAGUUCUCCCAAUGUUUUGGUGACAAAGGCGAUAUCGAAAAUAUCACCGAAGCAGAUAUCAUCUCGACCGUCGAGUUUGACGGAAACGGCACAUUUUUGGCGACUGGUGAUAAAGGUGGAAGAGUUGUUUUGUUUGAGCGUAACGCCAGCAAGAAAAACAGUUGCGAGUACAAGUUCUUCACAGAGUUUCAAAGUCACGAUGCCGAGUUUGAUUACUUGAAGUCUUUGGAAGUUGAGGAGAAAAUUAACAAGAUCAAGUGGUUGAAAAGCUCCAACAACUCGUUGUAUCUUUUGUCGACCAAUGACAAGACAAUAAAGUUAUGGAAAAUAAUGGAACGUCAGGUCAAGUUGGUGAGUGAAACCAAUCUUAAUGGAAUGGAUCAUUUACCGUCAAAUAAGUUCACCAUCGCCGACUUGAAGUUGCCUAAGAUGACUUUCCAUGACAAGUUGAUUCUGGCUCAACCUAAGAAAAUCUACUCCAACGCACAUGCGUACCAUAUUAACUCCAUUUCCGUCAACUCGGAUCAAGAGACAUAUCUUUCCUCAGACGACCUCAGAAUCAACUUAUGGAACUUGGAAAUUCCCGAUCAGCUGUUCAACAUUGUGGACAUCAAGCCAACAAACAUGGAAGAGUUAACGGAGGUGAUAACGAGCGCUGAGUUCCACCCGCAACAUUGUAAUUUGUUCAUGUAUUCGCUGUCUAAGGGAACUAUCAAGUUGUCGGACAUGCGGUCCAACUCCUUGUGCGAUACCCACGCACGAGUGUUUGAAGAGUAUUUGGAUCCAGCAUCGCACAAUUUCUUCACAGAAAUCACGCUGUCAAUCUCUGAUGUAAAGUUUUCCCACGAUGGUCGCUACAUCGUUUCGAGAGAUUACAUGACUGUGAAGAUAUGGGAUUUGGCAAUGGAACUGAAGCCGGUGAAAACUAUCAACGUUCAUGAACACUUGCGUGACCGUUUAUGUGACACUUAUGAGAACGAUGCUAUCUUUGACAAGUUCGAGGUUCAAUUCAGUGGUGACAAUCGUUCGGUGAUGACGGGUUCGUACAACAACAACUUCAUGAUUUAUCCGAACGCAGUUGGUCCGCACACGGACUCUGCAAAAGCGAAAGACUUUUCACUGAUCAGCUUCAAGGACACUCUCAAAAAGAAGCGUUUGGAUGAUGAUGACGAGGACUCUGACGACGAUGACGAUGUCGAUACUCCUCCUGCUGGUAGAGACUAUCCACAGUCGCCAAAUCUUGAGAAUGAUGAAGAGCAGGAGGAAAUCAUUUUGCAGGCGGACAAGUCUGCGUUCAAGUCCAAGAAGGUAGGCCACGGAGACCAAACCACACGCAGGAGGUUGAUGAGCGGUGUGGGAACAGGCGACCACAAUGACUAUAUUUGA